AUGGAGAUAUUCAGAGACCUUCCGAUGGAUUUGGUAGAGGAUGAGAUACUGACUCAUGUUCCGGCGAGGAAUCUGAAAGGAUUGGGAUCUACAUGUAAACGAUGGAACCGUUUGUUCUACGGUGACCGGAGAUUCGCAACGAAGCACGCCGAGAAAGCCGCAAAGCAGUUUGUGGUUCUCAUGCUGACUCGGGCCUGCAGGAUUUGUCCGACAAUCGUCGAUCUCGACGGAAAAAUCCCAUCUUUCGAGGUGCAAAGCGAGCUUAGCCUAGUCGAUCCCAAGUAUCCAGCUUCUCAGUUCGGUGUAGACAUACCGUUUCACAGUGAGUUCGAUUACGGAGCUGCUCGGGUCGAUGUAGACGCAGUGUUACACUAUGAGUUCAAGUAUCCAGCUGCUGAGUUCCAUGUAGGCGCAGUGUGUCACUGUGACGGCCUCUUGCUAUGCACCUCCGCCGACGAAUCUAGAUUCGUGGUUGGGAACCCUUUUACCGGCGAGACCAAGUGGUUCGAACCCAGCUAUAGGGACAGGAAAGAGCGCUUCUUUGUUCUCGGAUACGGCAAGGAUAAGAGCUACAAAGUCUUGAGCUUUUAUCAUUAUGAGAAAGAUUACGAAAUCUACGAGUUUGGUUCUGACACGUGGAGGGUUGUUGAUGAGAUCUUAGCACCAGGGUGGGAGCUUGGAUACUCGAGUUACCAGGUGUCUUUGAAGGGAAGUACCUACUGGUUCGCUGAAGAUGAAACAAGAACGCAAACCAGAUGGUCCUUGGUCAAAUUUGAUUACUCAGCAGAGAAAUGUGUGCCUGUGGCUCUUCCCUAUGAGUCCAAGGAUUUUGAAAUUAGGAGUCUUUCCGUUGUGAAAGAAGAGAAACUUUCCGUCUUGUUACAGCGGGAAGAUGCCUCCAAGACUCAGGUAUGGGUGACAAAUAAGAUUGAUGAUGAGAAUGGGAGCUCCCCAGUGGUGUCGUGGAGCAUGGUCUUAGCAUUGGAUUUGGGCAGGGAUCUUUUUUGGUCUAAUUCGGGAACUUUCUUGCUCGACGAAGAGAAGAAAGUCGUCAUGACCACUGCGAGGUUUCUUGACCUUGAAGACGAGGACGAGACCGAGACGGAGACCAAAGACAGGUUAUGCAUUGUUGGGGAGGACAAUCAAGUCACAGAGGUGCCUUUUGGACUAGUUGAGACGGAUGCAUUUGGGGCAGCUAUCUUUAAUUAUGUUCCGAGUUUGGUUCAAUUCGAGCGAGCUGGAGGCGAAAGGGAAAGAGCUGGAGACAUGUGA